AUGCUGACGAGGCGGCGGCUGCUCCAGCCCAGCGGCGGCGGCCGGCGGCGGCGGGAGCGCGGGCCCGGGCCGCCUCUCCCAAAGCGCGGGGCCGGGCGGCGGGCGCGCCCAGGCGGCGGCGGCGGCGGCGAGCGCCCCCCGGGCCCGCGGCCGCGCGCCCCCCGCGCCGCGCCCCCGCGCGUCUGGCUUGCGGGGGGCCGGGCCCGCGGGCGGCCGCCGCGUCACGCACCCAUGGACUGCCCGGCCAUCAUCACGCAGGUGACCAACCCCAAGGAGGACGAGGCCCGGGCGUCGGGCGCCUCCGAGAAAGCAUCCCAGUGCAACGUCAGCUUAAAGAAGCAGAGAAGUCGCAGCAUCCUCAGCUCCUUCUUCUGCUGCUUCCGUGAUUAUAAUGUGGAGGCCCCACCAGCCAGCAGCCCCAGUGUGCUUCCGCCACUGGUGGAGGAGAACGGGGGGCUUCAGAAGCCACCAGCUAAAUACCUCCUUCCGGAGGUGACGGUGCUUGACUAUGGAAAGAAAUGUGUGGUCAUUGAUUUAGAUGAAACGUUGGUACACAGUUCAUUCAAGCCUAUUAGUAAUGCUGAUUUUAUUGUCCCGGUUGAAAUUGAUGGAACCAUACAUCAGGUGUACGUGCUGAAGCGGCCACACGUGGACGAGUUCCUUCAGAGGAUGGGGCAGCUUUUCGAGUGUGUGCUCUUCACCGCCAGCUUGGCCAAGUAUGCAGACCCUGUGGCUGACCUGCUGGACCGCUGGGGUGUGUUCCGGGCCCGGCUCUUCAGAGAAUCCUGCGUGUUCCAUCGCGGGAACUACGUGAAGGACCUCAGUCGCCUUGGACGGGAGCUGAGCAAAGUGAUAAUCGUGGACAACUCGCCUGCCUCCUACAUCUUCCAUCCUGAGAAUGCAGUGCCUGUGCAGUCCUGGUUCGAUGACAUGACGGACACGGAGCUGCUGGACCUCAUCCCCUUCUUCGAGGGCCUGAGCCGUGAGGACGACGUGUAUAGUAUGCUGCACAGACUCUGCAAUAGGUAGCCCCGGCCUCUGCGCCCCGCCCGCACGCUCUGGGGACCCGCCAGGCCCAGCUCCUCCUCGGGAGCGGAAGCAAGGCCACCCUGCUCCAGGCCGCGGGGUGAACGUGGCCAUCGCUACCUGUUGGUUUUUGGUUUUGUUUUUGUUUUUUUUAAAGAACAGAAACAACUAUUUUAAAAAGAACUCUUUUAAUGAAUUUCGUAAAGGGACGUGCAUUUUACUGGGUUUGCUUUUCUGAAAACAUACCAGAAAGAAAAAACUGGUUAAAAAAAAAGCUUGAUACCUAUCAGACUUUCUGUCAAGUAUCGUCCCCUUCUGCCCCAGCUCGGAGCAGUCGACCUGACUCCGAAUCUCUUGCCAGGAUGAAGUGCCUUUCUGAAUGUUAUUUUAAGCUGAGAGUUAAUUUUUCUACGCAGCAUAUUUCCAGACAUCUUUUAGUCUUUUAUUGUCUUAGAUGCGCUAAAAAGAUAAACAUCACAAUUUUCUAGAACCUGAUAUCGGGGUGGGGGGGUUGGUGAGGGAGGGGAGGGAGCCGUAGAGCCUAUUUCCCAACAGGUGUGGCUUUGCUCUGGCGACCUGUGGCACGCGGCGGGGUUGGCUCCUGAUCGGGAGGCUUUUUGUGACUGUCUCAUUGUCUCCACUGAUUUCUAACCUGGUGUGGGACGUAUCUGCAGCCGUCCGGCUCCACCCUCUAGGAAAUGACAGAUAUUUUAUAUUAUUAGUUCUGACGGUGAUAGAUUUGUCUCAAGGUCACCUUUUCCCCUUGGAAAGUGACGUCAUGUCACUUUUGGUUUCACACUACUGCCAUCCUUGUGUGUUUUUUGUUUCAUUGUUGCAGUCGUUACUGUUUUGGGUAGAGAAGUCACAAGAUAUCCUAAAACCCUUAGAUAUAUAUAUACCUAAAAAAAAAAAAAAAAAAAAAUCCGUUCAUUGAUUUUUAAACCUUUCCUUUCCAAAAGCCGGAUACACAUGGAGCUGUCUGGGGAUUUUCUUUGCUGCUACCGAGCUGCCACCAAAUGGAAUUGACCAGCGGCUGUUACACUGUUAUUUGCCACUGUGCCUAUGCUCAGAAUACGCUCACGGCUAAGCUGCAAACGUGGACAGGCUCAGAACAGAGGUGGCCUGUCCCAUUGCAGACACACCAACCAUGUCCCUUCUUCCUGGCCCCAGCCAGUGGGAAUUCAGACAGGCAUAAAGACAAAGGGCCGAGAGUACACACAGGGGUGGCUGUCAUUUCACACAGCAGUCAACACCCACUGACUGUUCUUUCCUGAGAAACUGUGGCCUCAACCAGCCACCAAGCCCAUGUGGCCCGAGUCCGUCUCUUGGUCUUCUCCACUGAAGCACAGCCUAUUUCUGAGCCAAGGGUUGAGGAAGCCUGUCCAGGUGUAGGACUCACCGCCCGAGCCGUGAGAAGGAGGGAUUCCCUCCCCUAUGCUGGGGCCCCCUGCAGCCUUUCGCAGUGACGUGUUUGAGCAGUGCCAUGAUCCUUGUUGGACAACAAGACAGUCUAUAAAGUAUUUUUUUUAAUAAUUAAAAAGAACCCUUUGGUGUUGGCACCAUCGCCUUAGUUCUCUGUGGGCUGGUCCUCGGCCGGCGACUGGUGGGUGAAACUGUCACCAACAAGACUGGAAAUUUGGGGUCAAAGUAAAGUUUCUUUUUUGCUUUCAUUCACAAAGUAACAAAGCCAGCUGCCAACCAGGUCCUCUUAACAGCACUUUGGUCUGUGGACUGCUCUCCAUUCAGAACAGAAGUAAGUAUUCAGGGGUAACCAAGUCCCCCAACAUUCUAAGUGUUCCGAACCCAGUAAUCCACACGCCAGUUAAAACGGAAACAGUCCCUUGCUGGGCACUUCCAAGAUGACAGUUAGGUGGCAGAUUGCAUACGCCAUAAAACUUUAUUUGGAACACUCUUGUUCAGUGAACCCGCUGCCUUAAAUGUCUUGAAUGUUGCAGUCAAGUGUCAGUCAUGUGUUGAAAUCCACACACAAACAGACCGUGGUGGAGAGCCUUAGACCCUCUCCCGGGCCCCCUUCUUCAUAGGCAUCACAGGGUCUUAUUUGGAGGAGGGGGCAGAGAGGACUGAAGUUCUAGAAUAUUUCAGGGGAACAGAACCUAGGAAUCGUGCUCCACUGACAGGUGGAGUGAAGACACUUGGCGGGCUCGAGCCAGACCCUUCAUCCAAUUGUUCCUGAACCCGUGAGCACCAUUGCACUAGGCCAGCACAGAGCUAUGGGGACGGAGCCCAGCUCCUGCCACCACAGACAGAAUGUCUUGGGGGGGGCCAGCAAACCCUCCGAGGGCUCUAGAAUCUGUGCACCUUAUCUGACCAUACCCCAAAAUUCCAUUGUUAUUUUAACCCCUGGUUUUGCUUUAUGUACAUAAUCAAAAUAUCUAUCUAUAUAUAUAGAUAUAUAUUUUUAAUCAUCUACAUAUAAAUGAAGCAAUAGAAUCCUAACCUAAGGUCAAGAAAUGAGAUGAAUGUUUGGGUUUUUUUUUUUUUUUUUUUAAGGUAAAUACGGGUAUUGUUUUUAAUUAUUACCUUUUAUUAAAUUGUGGGCUUUAAAACUUAAUGAAACCUGUUAGCGCUUUCUCUGUGCCAUGUAUUCCCCAUGUUACCAAAACAACCCCCAGCUCUUUUAGCCAAAAGGAAAGUCUAACCUACUGAGUUUCCACCGGCCUUUCUGUACAGGGUUAAAACAUAGUCUCCUGGAUGAGUAUGUUUUACGUUAAGACCUGGGACAGGAGACUUGGGCUCAUGGAGCCCAGCCCGCUACCAUGUGCUGGAAAUUCUGGCCGGGCCUCGAGUGGAGGUGCCCAGGCCCUGGGGAGGCCAUUAGCACUGUCUUCCAUUGCCCUGGAAUCCUACCUGUCCGUCUGCGGUUUCACCCAUUUUGCUGUUUGUAAACGAUGCAUUUGUACGCUAAAAGGGACUAUCGCCUACUGCCGGUGGGCGGGAAGCUCCUUGAUGUGGUACAGUCUUGAUGAGCUUGUUUUGAGGACACCUGGAUGCCCUGAUGACGCUCUUCAUUUUUGCAGCACUCGGACUUGUGUAAAAAGAAGAAGUCUGUAAGUCUGUCUAACCUAGCGACGUUUUCCAGGCCUGUCCUGAAGAGAUGGCUUUCUAAUAAAAUCCAGAACCGCACAGCCCUCUGGGCAAACACUCGUGACGUUUGUGCCUCUGCUCUUAAAGGUGCUGUGAUGGACAGUGGCAAUGCCAGGGCUCCAGAAGAGCGGAGUGGCCUGAAGUGAGGUGCUGUGAUGGACAGUUGGCAAUGCCAGGGCUCCAGAAGAGUGGAGUGGCCUGAAGUGAGGUGCUGUGAUGGACAGUUGGCAAUGCCAGGGCUCCAGAAGAGUGGAGUGGCCUGAAGUGCUUGCAGUUACCUGUGUAGAACGGGCUGGCUGCCUCUGCUCCCCUUUUACUGUAAUUUGAUCGCGUCUGUCCUGUUCCAUUCUCCCGGGAGCUUCUCUGCAGACAGACACCCCCAGGCAGUGGGGAUGCUGGUGUCUGGGUAGUCAUGGGUUUCUGCUGGACAUCCAAAUGUGGUAAACAACACGGUGUGACUUGGGAAAUCCCACAUGUGGAAUGUGCACGUUUCCAGGGCCGAGUACUGUCACUCGAGGUUUGCAAUGAUUUCUUCCUGCCAAAAAUAAACAUGUGAAGCUGC